AUGAAUCUCUUUGGACAGGGUUCCACUGGACCACAACCAGAAAGUUAUGAGAUUAACGGUCACGAAUAUCACGAAUUGAAUUUAAUUGCUGAAGGAGGAUAUGGCUUUAUUUGGAGAGCUAUUGAAGCUAAAACUAAGAAACUCUGCGUUAUUAAGAAAAUUAUUUGUCAAAGUGAAGAGGCUAUUCAACAAGCGUAAUUGGAAUUAGAUUUGCAUGUAAUUUAUGCUUAUUCAUAUUUCAAAUAGAGACAACUUCAACAUCCUAACAUUGUCAAAUGUUACAAUGGAGUUAUCAAAUUUAAUAAGAAAUUAAAUCAAACUAUUGCAUAUAUGGUUUUAGAAUUAUGUGAAGGUGGAACACUAAUUGAUUUGCUGAAAAGGUACAAUGAAAAAAGGUUGAAUGAAUAAUAAGUACUCCUAGUGUUAAAAGUUAUUUUUCCCUUUAUCAUAGUAAUUAGUCUAAGCAAUCAAAUAUCUUCACACCUAAAAACCUCCUAUCACUCAUAGAGAUUUGAAGGUUGAAAAUGUCUUAUUGCAUAAUAAGGUAUUUAAAAUAUGUGAUUUCGGCUCAGCUAGUACUGACAAAAUUGACUUAAAGUAUUAGUAUAACCCAAAAACUAGUUAAUCAAACAAGCACCAGAUUUCUCAAUAUGAAGAGAAUUUCGCCAAAUAGACAACUGAAAUAUAUAGACCUCCAGAAAUGACUGAUUUAUAUUUAAAGUACGAAAUCAAUGAAAAAGUUGAUAUAUGGAUGCUCGGAUGCAUUUUGUAUACAAUGUGCUUUUACAAUCCACCCUUUUAGGAAUCUUCUAAGUUAGCCAUUGUUGAAGCUUCAUAUAUUAUCCCCAAAGAUAAUAAAGUAUUCAUUCGAAUUAACUGAAUUAGUAUUCCUAAAAGAUGAUCGAUUUGAUUGGCAUAAUGCUUUAACCAAAUCCAAAGAACAGAGCAUCGAUCUUUGAGAUUGAGGAAAUACUGAAAAAGUACGACACAUUAACAUAAAUUGUAAUCAAUACUAUCAAUAAUAGCAAAGUAAAAAUGAACAAGAGGAUGAUUUUGGGGAUUUCCAAUCCGGAGAUUAAAAUGCAUAAGAGUAAUAAUAAAAGACUGUUUAAUAUGAUGAUUCAUUAAUUUGA